AUGUCCUUACUCCCUUCCAUCAUCAGCAACCCAACAGGAUUAAAGCCACAUCAACCACUGAUCAUCUUCCAGUCAUCUUCCGCACAGACAUGUUAUCCUAUCUUGAGGAUUCUGAUCUCAAAUUUCAAACCGGCUACCCAGACUCUACUGUUCUGCUUCUUGCAUCCACCAUCGAGCUUGACGAACAUCGAUGAGGCUCCAAAUAUCACUGCAUUCGACUUCACUGGGCGAGUUCCUGGGUAUGACGAUCCGUGGUGUGGUCCUCAGGACGAAAUACUGGCUUGCGUCAAUUCUGUACCUCCGGGAUCACUGAAUGUGAUCAUCGACUCGGUGGAUACAUUGACAUCUGAUCUCGGAUCCACACCAAAGGCUUACAAGUUUAUUCGGACGCUCCUUGGGCUGGUUACAACACGUUCCGAACCUUCGAUCCUCGCAUUACAUCUCCAGCCCAGUCCUCUUCUCGAACUAUUAAAUCAAACUUCCCUUUCACCGACGCUUGUUCAUCUAACUGCGCAUCCCCCGGCUAUCAUCACACAUCUCGCCUCUGCAUAUCUUACACAUCCUCCACCAGCUGGUCCGGCAGAGAAGUUUUGGAGUGUCUUUAUCCCCUUCUCUAAGCGUACACAUGAAAUUGAGCGCCUGCUUUACGGCCCCGAAGGCAAUGGGACGAGUGCCGGUGCGUGGGUGAGCAAAGGCACGAGGGAAUUCGUGGUGGAGGUCAUUUUAAGGGGCGGGAGUCGGCGCGGUGUGGAGAGGACUGUUGAGGGCUGGAAAGGAGAUGUCCCGUGCGACCUGCGAGCUCUUGAAAGCCUGAAAGGUAUUUGGACCAGGAAGAAAGCGGACGAGGCUCGGCCAGAUCCAACGCAGAACGUAUCGUUCAAUCUGAAUCUCACGCCGUCGCAGGAGAAAUCGCGAGCCCAAGUGCCCCUGCCCUAUGCACACGAAGGUGGUGCUCCAUUUCUCUAUUCUUUAUGCAACCCUAUUACAACAGCUGGGGCGAUUCUGUAUGACCCUGAUUCUGCUGAUGACAUUGAUGACGACGAUCCUGAUGAGGACUUGGAUAUAUAG